AAUUUUCCCUUCCAAUUCCCGCAGCUUCUCGUUUCGAUUGCUUAGCGCUAAUUAAGUCCUCCUUCCGCCGCCCUCGGUUAUCCUCUGGCUGUCUCACUCGCUCGCCUUCGCCGUGAGUGAGCGGGUGAGAUCGGCCCGCCUCUCGCCCCCGAUAUGAAGCUUGGUGCUUGAGUUUGCUGUUCUACUUGAUCAUGUCCUAUCUGAUUGAGUUGAGCUGCAGAAUCAGCUGUUUGCCAAGAUUUCUUGCUUCAGUGUCUAUUGUGUAGCUAAGAGUAUCUGAAGUUUGAUUUUGGCCAUGGUCUCUGAAGGAGACUUGAUUACUAUGCAAAAUGCAUCUCAUCAAUUCUUUUACCUGUCAGAAAUGCCUAUUGCUGAAAAGCUAGUACUGAAGAAGAGGUUGAAGACUGAACUUGCCCAUGUGAGAUCUGCAAUUGGAAACAUCAUUGCAGACUGUGAAAAAAAAUUGGCCCAGAAACGUUCGGCUAUUGUGGAAGACCAUGUAGAACUUCUUGAAAAUGGUUGUUCUGACAAGACUGUUGAAAUCAUACAUUCCUUUUCUGAUUCUGAAAAGCAGCUGUUCUUGACCAGUGAGAACGGUCUGGUCUUGAUCAAUAAGAAAACACCUGAAAUGAACAAACAUCAAACCGAUACUGAUAACUGUUCUAAUAUUGAAGAGGCUAUGGUUACCGAGAAGUCUGAAGCGGCAUCUGUUGUGACAGGCAGUCAUGGAGGAAAUACCCAGGGAAAGGUGGACAGUCAAAAUGGAAAGGGUGAGAAAAUGGAUAUUUCUAAGAUGAGGCUGUGUGCUAGUAUCCUGAGGAAACUAAUGAAUCAUUCUUUUGGUUGGGUGUUCAACCAACCUGUGGAUCCAGUGAAGUUAAACAUUCCAGAUUAUUUUUCAAUUAUAUCCAAACCUAUGGACUUGGGCACUGUAAAACAUAAGCUUUCAAGCAAGCAGUAUUCAAGCACUCAUCAGUUUGCAGCAGAUAUAAAGCUUACAUUCUCCAAUGCGAUGCGAUAUAAUCCUCCAGGAAAUGAUGUUCAUAUCAUGGCCAAGGAAUUAGACAACAUUUUCAGUUCAAGAUGGAAAUCAUUGGAGGGAAGAUGGAGAAAGGAAAGCUCAACAUUCUUGCCGCAGUCAGGGAUGAACUUGCAGACACACACUCUUGCCUUAAGGCAAGUGUGUCAGAGAAAACCUCUUUGUCACUCAAAGUCGUUUCCUAAAAGGUCCUUAACAUCAUCUGACAAGCUAAAGCUGAGAAAAGAGUUAGCAAAUAUACCAGUAAGAAAAAUGCCACCACAGUUGCUUGAUUUUCUUCGGGGGAAAGCUUGUUUAAUUGGCAAAAUUGAAGACAGAAUCGAGUUGGACAUUGAUAUCUUUGAUGAGGAGAGUUUGUGGGAAUUGCAGCAGGUCAUAAGGAGUUCUGUGGAUGCAAGUCUUAUGGAGUCUAAACAGGCAAUUAAAAAAAGUGCCAAGCUCCCUCUGCAGGACUCAUGCAAAGGUAAUGGUGGAGCUGGACUUAGAUCUGGUCGUCCCGAUAGUAAAGCCCUUAUGAGCCCUUCAGCUUGUGUGACAUGUGGUAAUAUGGAUUGCCACUGCAAUCAUCAUCAUGACUUUACUCGAGUUUCAUCAAGUGAUGUGGAUUCUGAAAGAUCUUCAGAUAGAGAGGGAGAUUCAUGUCAUUCCAUUGCAUAUGAGCUGGAUUCUAGGAAACCUGCAAUAGGUGUGCCGAGGGUUGAUCCAAAUUCUGAUUCAGGGGUUGGAGUUGUUGACAGAGAAAUUGUUCACUCUGGUUCUUAUCCUUCUAGUCCAGCUACCACUGCUACCAAAGGAGAGGUUGAUCUUCCUUGUGCAGAACAGUUAUCACCAUCUAAAGCUCUCCGUGCUGCAAUGCUGAAGAGCCGUUUUGCCGAUACCAUCCUGAAAGCACAGCAGAAAACACUUCUGCAUCAUGUUGAGAAAGUAGACCCAGCAAAGUUGCAGCGAGAAAGAAAAAUGUUGGAAAAGAAGCAGCAGGAAGAAAAGGCAAGGAUUGAGGCUGAAGUCAAAGCUGCCGAGGCUGCUGCACGAAUGAAGGCAGAAGCUGAGAUGAAAUUGCAAAGGGAGAGGGAAAGAGAAGCAGCUCGUCUGGAACUGCAAAAGAUGGAAAAAACUGUUGAUGUUGAUAAUAGCCAUUUAGUGAAAGUUCUUGAGGACCUGGGAUAUCCACAGCCAGGGCACUGCCUUGACAUGCCUGAUGAAAUGGCGGUUAAUUUUGUGGAUGUGUUUGAGCUGCAGUCUGGUCUUGCUAAUCCAUUGGAGCAGUUGGGUUUGUUCAUGAAGAACGAUAUGGAUGAGGAAGUUGAUAACUGGAUCUCAGCCGCCGACAAUGGUGAUGUGGAAGAGGGGGAGAUAGGUUGUUUGUAGUUGGAUAUCAGGUGGCCCUUUUAUAGCGUUGCCCUUUAUUUAACUUCUGAUAAUGGUUGAUCAUAGUUUCAUUGUCUUGUUUCGAGAGGGAGAGGGAGGGAAGAACAAGAGUGUGAUUUCUUUUGUUUUCUUUUGUUUUGCUUUGUUCUACACUACGUCAGUAGAAAAUUUGAUCUUUGAUCUUGUGAUAUUUACUACUGGAUUCCUAAAUAUAUUGAAAGAGGAAAUAAUGAACAAAAAAAAAAAAC